CGGGGGGGGGAGGGUGAAAGGGAGACGGGCCACCUCGACCCCCUCCUAUAUUCAGCGGCAGAGUCUUGCUGUAGCAGUGGAGCCAUUUUUUAUGUUCGAUAUUGAUGCUGCUUCGUCUUGCUGGGAAAUCCUUGUGAGAUCCAGCAGCCAGGAUGCACCACGACGAGGCUAAUAUAUAUUGCACCCCAAAAUAUGUUGCAUUUUGCUAGGCCAUACGAAAUAAAUAAACGAUGCAGUAGCAUUUUUGGAUUAUUAUGUGAGAAAGGUGCAACUAAGCACCGACAACUUCCACUUUAUUUGCCUCGGAUUACCUGGCGGCAAAAAGCAAUUCUGCCCAUUGGUGGCAUUCCAAGCAGGCCUGAAUCGCGGCCUUCCUUCUCCCAGUGGCUUCACCUCUCAUUACUGUGGGACCCUGAGAGGCUGCCACAAAGAAGAGGGGGUCAAUUUAUUUUCCAAAGCACCAGAGGGCAGGACAAGAAUGGAUGGAAGCUCAUCAAGAAAGAAGCAACCUGGAAUUAAGGAGAAACUUCCUAACAGUGAGGACAAUUAACCAGUGAAACGAUUUGCCUUGAGAAGUUGUGGGUGCUUCACAACUGGAAGUUUUUAAGAAGAGACUGGGCAGUCAUUUGUCUGAAAUGGUUAGAGGGUCUCCAGCUUGAGCAGGGGGCUGGACUAGAAGACCUCCAAGGUCCCUUCCAGUCUAUCCUGAUUGAGUAUAGAAGAAGCUGCCCAGAGGAAGUGGAGCCAAGCAAUUGAAAACUCGCCGAGAGCUUCGAUUUGCGCGGAGAAGGAGGCGCCGGUCCUGCGUCAGCCGGGGCAAGGCGGGACUUGUGACACUCCCUCGGCCCCAACGCGCGAGAAAGUCUGCGUUACCGGCAGUAUCGGACGAGGAUUCCCGCAGGCUGCAGUGACUCCAAAAAAGGAGCCGGGCCUUGUGGAGCGCAGAAAAAAGCCUGCACUGCAAUCCAGGCUCCACCAGCCGUGCCGAAGAGACGGGUGGACGGAAUGAGUCUUCGGCGGGAGCCCAGCCGGGCACAUUGGCGCGAGUCAAGAGGGAUGGCCCGCCACAGCACGGCUCUGCAUCUCGUGGCAGGCGGGUUAGGAGGAACAGCAGGAGCCAUUUUGACUUGCCCAUUGGAAGUGGUGAAGACCCGCCUGCAGUCCUCCACCUUGGCCCCAAGACCUGUUUGCCUACCUGCAGUACAGUUGCAAGGAGUGAAUGGAACAUUUGUCCGCCCAGGACUCCCCAGGAUUGGCUUUCUUGAACUACUAAGAAUCAUUCUAGAGAAGGAAGGUGUUCGCUCCCUGUUUCGAGGCUUGGGACCUAAUCUUAUUGGAGUUGCUCCUUCCAGGGCCAUUUAUUUUGCUGCAUAUUCGGGAGCUAAGGAGAGACUCAACACGGUGCUUAUGCCAGAGUCCAAGAAAGUUCACAUGAUUUCAGCAGCCUGUGCAGGCAUCACAUCCGCCACUUUGACCAAUCCUAUCUGGUUAGUGAAGACUAGGAUGCAGCUGGAGCGCAGUGGCAGAAACGAGAGGUGCACCAGUGGCCUUCAGUGUGCCAUGCGUGUCUACUACAGAGAAGGUCUGCGUGGCUUUUACCGCGGGGUUACUGCCUCCUAUGCUGGUGUCACUGAAACAGUGAUUCACUUUGUGCUUUACGAGGCUUUGAAGCAGCGACUCAGGGAACAUCAGCUGCUCUUGACUCCAUCAGUUGUCUUAUCACUCAGUGGUCAAGACUUCUGCGGGCUGAUGGCAGCAGCGGCUUUCUCCAAAACAUGUGCUUCGUGCAUUGCCUAUCCACAUGAGGUUGUUCGAACACGGCUACGUGAGGAAGGAUAUCGUUACCGCUCCUUUGUGCAAACUCUCCAGCUUGUGGCCAGAGAAGAAGGCCCCUUAGCUCUUUAUCGUGGACUUUCAGCUCAUCUUCUUCGUCAGAUCCCCAAUGCUGCAAUUAUUAUGGUUACCUAUGAGCUGAUUAUUCACUUGGCAACCAAAAUGUGAUUCCUUUCUAUUCUUGCCAGGUGGCUUAAGCUGUUAAAGGCUUUGAAGGGCACGGUGGUUUAAUGGGUGCACUUCCCCAUUCCAUUACAGCACAUAAACCCUGUAAGAAAAGCCUAAAAAGUUAGGAGCCCUUCUGUAAUGGGUGGUUUUGAAGGCUUGGUAAGUGAAAGACUGUUUUCAGCUGCUCUUGGCCUUUAUCAGGCAUUUAAAGGCACGGACAAAAGAGCACAUACAGAUCACAAACCAGGACAGGUGUGGAAUUUACUAUGCAGAUACGUUUAGAAGAAAACAUCUCUGGGUGAAUGCUUCCAAGGUCUCACAAGCCAGAUGAUCAAUAGGCCCAUCAUGCAGUUUAGUGCACUGAAAGUGUUAUGCUGUACUCUUCGUAGGGCUGGAACUGAUCUGGUCAACUGAGUGGGAAAAUAGUUUUUAAGAAAAACAGUACGAAGAAGACUGGACUUUUUAUUGGAAGGAGAUUAGUAAUUUGGAUCUCAAAUCAGCCAGUGAUAAGACCUUUAUAGAUACAGCAAUGUUUCUGUUUUGAGCCUACCAGAAUAACAAGUUGUUUAUCCUCUAGGCAGGAGUCCCCAACCCCUGGGCUGCAGCCCACUACCAGGCCGCGGCCCAUUCAGAACUGGGCUGUGCAAGCAGCAGGUAAGUGUGUGCACGCGCACACGAAGUGCCAUUUUGCAUUAGUGGUGGACACUCGCCUUCAUGCGCAAAGCAACAUUAGCUCCAGCGGCGUGUGCGUGUGCCUGGCACUCAUGCAAAUGGUGCUUCAUGCACUCUCACCCGCUUACAGCUCAGAACCAUCCUCUCCCCCACUGCCAGUCUGUCAAGCUGGAAAGGUUGGGAACCGCUGCUCUAAAGGUUGGUGGGGAACUUGUGCCCUCCCACUUCAUGUUUUUCUCCAUGUUCAUAGGAAACAUAGUGACAUUAAGGACUGCAAAAUGAGUUCCUUGAGAUAAUGCUGUUCAUGGACUACCUUUGUGUUUAACUUCUCAGGCUUUGUUUACACUUCUUGAUUUGUAGAUUUUAACUUCCCAACAGGGUAAAAAAAAAAAAUCAAGUGGAGAAGAAAUAUGUUGGCAGCUAUUCAGAAUUCUCCAUGUGGGAGAGAGUUGUACAAUGUCAGUGAAGAGAAUAUUCUGAAAUCGGACUCUAGCACACCCUCCAGUUGAAAGCUUGUGCUGGGAUUUCUGUCUGUAUGAGGUUUUUAAAAAUACAAAAAAAGAGUUAUGAAUAAAA